AUGGUUCGCUCGAAAAGCGACUAUCACAUUCUUGUGGCGCAGAAUUUUCUAUCCAACAUACGCGUCGGCGGCGAUAAUAGCGACACAAAUCGAUUAUUUGGCGGCAAAAAAUUUUCGAUUGCUCAAAAAUCGAAAUCGUCAAUGGAUUUCAAGAAUUCCGACGAAUGCUCACAGCAAAUCAUGAAGCCAAAUGAAUCAGCAAUAUCGAUUGGAACUAUAGGAUCAUUGAUGUCAAGACAGAGCCCAAAGCCAAACGACUCGUCGGAUAAUUUCACGCCAAAAAAGCCAUCAAUAUUCAAAAGAAUCGCCAAAAUUGUGAAUAACGAGGAGGUUCUAAUGGAAAUGACGCCAACUAGUAGUAAAACGCCAAUUCUCGAUCAUUUCACAGAAGAAUUGGAAUGGCGCGCGGAAUCGCCAUCUUCUAAUCAAUUCGGGUUUCUUCGAAGGCUGAAAAGCACAAUUACGCAUAAUGAUAGGUAUUAUAUAUGUUCGGAUGUGACUCGUGUCCCUCUAGCCGUGUUCUCGUACCUACCUAGUGGAUCCGAUUACGUCGAUCCGUUUAGUCCAGGAUUAUUCGGACCAUUGCCGAAUCGAAUGAGGAAUAAACGAGCGAAAUCCAUAUUUGGAAGUUCGGAUCGCGUUCGAAAUCAUUUCGGCACCGGAUCGAUUGAAGAACUCCGCCCGUUUGUGUUCAAGGAUCCCGAGGAUCACAUCAGUUUGUCGCAAAUGCGCCGAAAACGCAAUCCGUCGCCGUUCUUCACACUAUUCGAGAAGCCGAGCGCGAUUUUGGCGAAACGCGAUCGACGCGAGAGCAGUCAACGCGUUGAUUUCAUCGAUGAGCCGCCAACGACCGGCGAGAUUCCCGACAUUCCGCAAAUUGUUCGCGAGAAUUGCGAACGAGGCACAUCAUUGGAUUAUGAUGAGAAUGAUGCGGAAGUUAUUGAAGAAUAUGAUCCGAAAGUUUUUGAUGAGCUCAUUAUUGGAAAACGGACGAUUAUUCGAUUAAAUGGGUUUAUUGGAAGCACUAUUCAUUACGAGGCGCCAGAACGCGCGAAAAGUGUGAUGAAUGAGAAUUUCGUCGAGAAACAUCCGCAUAUUCAUCUGACAUUGAGCAAAUUGAAGAGUUUGAAGCGCGAAAUGCUUGAAUUGGCAAUCCAACAUAAUAUUGAUUAUUUGACAUUGGCGAUUGCCUAUGCAUAUUUUGAAAAAGUCGUGACAAAGGGUCAAAUUUCGAAGAAUAAUCGAAAAUGUGUUGCUGGCGUCAGCGUUUUGGUGGCGAUGAAAAUCAAUGAUUAUAGUAAAUCGGCGAUUAAAGCUUAUAUCGAUAGAGCUUCUGAGCAAUUGCGUGAGCCGAAAGAGGAAAUAUUGUCGUAUGAGCUUCCACUAUGCUCGGCGCUUCGUUUUCGCCUACUUCUUUCUAUUGAAGAGCUUCAACCGCAUUUGGAUAGGCUUCAAUUUGAAAUUUACUAA